CUUCAAUCGUCCACCAAUUCUGCGCCCGCCUCGAUGCAACUCGUGCAGCAGUGAAGUUCUCGCCCCGGCUAGGCGCAUCAUUUUUCUUCGCCCGUGGCGGCGGCGACCUCGAAGACGCCCACCUAUUCUUUCCGACCCUUACCUAUCAGCUCGCGCUGUCUCGUCGAACACUUCGCCCUCACAUUGCCCAUGCCGCACAAGAGUAUCUCCAACCCGACGGCGAACGGCAGAUGCACCACGCGUUCGAACGUCUUCAGAGCGCUCUCAGAGCCGCUCUCACAAUUGAUCAGCCGCCGACAUUCCUUGUCGUCGACGGGAUUGACGAGUGCAGGGACACGCACUUAGUUCCUGACCUGCUCCAAUAUCUACUCGUGCUGGUCCGUCAGCUACCCUGGCUCUACGUUCUCGUCGCGUCGCGUCCAGAACCUCGUAUUCUGUCAGUGCUCGCAUCAUCCAGCUCGGCCAAUGUUGUUCACCACAUCCGUCUGGAGGACAUGCUGGAGGAUUAGGCCAGCGCUGUUACCUCGACGAGACUGCGACAAAGGUAUCUCUGUAUGGCAAUCUCUUUCGUCGAACACCCUCUGUCCUUCGAUAUCGUGUAGAAUUUGCCAGCAUCUUCGUUUGCAUCACGGUAUAUCAUUUGGAUUUUAUUUCCGCAUUUCCGCUGCAAAACUUGCACGCCUCGUUUUCCAGAUGAAAUCAUCAGCUUUACUUCCUACACCCCACUAUGGUGAUCCAUCGUGGCCAGAUCCCCGAUUAGUGUUCUGCUGACGUUCACCUCCCGCACGACGCGAGAUCCGCGGAGUGUGCAGUUGCAGCCGCAGCGCUGCCUCCGAGUACCGCGUAGGCAUUCGAAUCGGCCAGACCGAC